AAUUCACGUGACUGCUUUUAUGUUUUCAGGCGUGAUUUACGCACCACAAUUACAGUAGAAACACUGUACGAGUACGAAUACGAAUACCUGAAGUGCGCCUCCAGAUGUCCCGGCCAUGGACUUUCCGAAGCAUUUCUGCAACCGUACUAAACGCCCAUUUACGCCCGUUCUACUACUACAGUGUGGACACAAUAUUGAGGACACUCGACAACGUUUACACUGUUACUCCAUUUCUUCCUUGAUGAAGAUUAAAAAGACUCACAUCGAAAGUACCUGGGUGUCUUGCGACCCUCUUUAGGCCAACCACGCCGUCUCUACCGUAAAAUAUCUUUGUUCUUACCUCAGCCUGACACUCUACUACUGCAUGAUCAACAAUUCUCGCUUCUCUGCAUAAACAUGGAUUCACUCAUCGUUCAGCGAUGGGAACAUUCGAUCAGUUGCUAGGUUCACGGUUUAACUUAACCGAGAGCUGUCUUGACUCUGAACCACACGUGCACUUGAGUGGUGCCGAGAAGUCGAUCAUCAUACUUACUGACCAGUACUGACUGACUAGAAUAUAUCUAACCUAGCCAUGGCCAUGGUAUCCUUAUUGUAGUGAGGGAUAGCAGCCUAGGGGCUCGACCUUGAUCCGGCCCGGAAGUAACAUCCCCUUCUGCUGCUUGAUCAAUGGCAAUUCGAAACAAUCUCAAGACUGCUAUGGUGAAGCAUGCCGACCUUAGUUGAUAUACUCAACCAAGUCGAGAUGACCUAGACUCACUCCGUUGUGCUCGCAGGGUACAACUAUGUAUGUAUGCAUCCAAGCCUAAAACUCCGCGGGAAUUGAACCUGCGAAUCGGAGAAAUGCGGGCCUCUCAAGUGCUGGCUCCAGGCAUGAGGGUGACUUCGCUUAGGGACUCUCAUCACCUAUUCAGGCAUGGUAUACGACUCCUAACCCUCUUAGCAUCGGGCAUGGCCAGCUCGGGUAGAGGCAAGUGCAUCUCAGCAUUCGAUGCCGAGCCCAUCAUUGCGAGUCUUUAAAACUUCUACUGGAACCCCCGCGAUGUUUUUGAUGUGUCUGCUCACGAUCAUCGCUUGGAAGGAUGUGGCAGCUUCUUUUGCCCGUAUAUACGCAUCCAGAGCGAUGCUGAACUCGCGAGUCUCGAAUCUCUUGUGAUGACGGACAAACGCCACCAUCGCCUCGGUUGAAAAACGCCCGAAUUCCGACGGAAUGGCCGCGGAAAAAGUGUCAGACGAAAAGACGUUCGAUGCUAAGAAUACGGAUGUCGCUAGAACUGUGUCGUCGUCUCACGGGCGAGAAAACAACGCUCACAUAGUAAAUAUCAGGAUUCGAAAUGUGUCUGUCAGAGUCGAUCCGGCCGCUGGGCCACUCUUCUCUUCAACCGAUGCUUUCAAGGCAAAGAUCCUCCGCAGCAAGGACAAGCCGGCCAUCAAAGACAUCUUACGGAAUGUAUCAGCAGACCUAUCCAGCCAAAGUCUGACCGCCAUCGCUGGAGCCAGCGGAUCCGGAAAGACUACCCUCCUCAAUGUUGUGGCUAGGCGCGUCAAGGAUCAAAAGUUUCAGCAAUCCGGCAGUGUCACAUAUGACACCGCUAACAAAACGACUCAUGAUGCGGACUUGUCCAAGGUCGGGAUAGCCUAUGUGCUUCAGCAAGACGUACUCCUGCCCAGCUUGACCGUCCGGGAGACUCUAAGGUAUGCAGCUGAUUUGCGUUUGUCUACCAUCAAGACCAAGGCAGAGCGAUAUGCAAUGGUCGAGACCGUUAUCGAUGAACUCGGCCUAGGUUCUUGCGCUGAGACAAGGAUCGGAGACAAUGUUCACAAGGGCUGCUCGGGCGGUGAGAAACGACGAACCAGUAUUGGCGUCCAAUUGCUCGCAGACCAACCCGUUCUCAUUCUGGACGAGCCGACCACGGGCCUUGACGCCGCCUCAGCGAUUCACGUCGUGCAGACGCUCAAAUCGCUUGCUCAGCGGGGUAAAACGGUCAUCAUGACAAUCCAUCAACCUCGUUCAGAGAUCUGGAGACUCGUUGAUAAUCUCAUAUUGCUGUCGAGAGGAAUUCCAGUCUACUCAGGACCAAUCGGACAAUGCCUAUCGUACUUUGAUGAAGUUGGCUAUAAGAUGCCUCCAUUCUCCAAUCCUUUCGACUUCGUCAUUGACCUCGCUGCGAUUGACCUUCGUUCGCAGCAGUCGGAGCGCACAUCGUCGGAACGAGUUCAAGCAUUGCAGGAGUUGUGGAGAGUCAAGUCAGCAGACUUCAUCGACAGGACCGUAGACAUAUCUACGGGCAAGAGCUUUGAUGGAAAGCAGAUGGCUCGUUCAGGGAACUGGCUCAACGAACUUUUCCAGGAAACGCUCGUGCACAUGCGCAGGACUUUUGUCGUGACCUGCCGCGAUCGACUCGGUCUUCUCGCAAGUAUGGUAGAGUCGCUGAGUAUGGGCAUCAUGAGUGGUUGGAUAUUCUACAAACUGGGUUCCGAUCUGGCUGGGAUCCGAUCACGAGAAGGAGCAAUGUAUUCGGCCUGUGCUUUGCAGGGGUACUUGAUUCUGCUAUUUGAAACCUACCGACUAACGAUUGACAUUGAGGUCUACGACCGAGAACGGAUCGAAGGGGUCAUUAGACCCGUCAGCUUUAUCUUCAGCAGGAGAUUUGCACGGCUCGUACUUGAGGAUCUUCCCGUCCCAUUCUUCUAUUCUGUGAUCUACUACUUCAUGGCAGGAUUCAGAGCCGAAGCCAGUCAAUUCUUCACCUUCUUCGCCAUCCAGCUCCUGCUUCAUUUAAUUGCGGUCAAUCUCGCCACAGUGUGUGUUGGCGUAAAUCGACAAUUCAUGAUUGCAUCUUUGAUUGCCAACCUCAGUUUCACCUUGCAAUCGAUGGGAUGCGGCUUCUUCAUCAACACGAGAGAAAUCGCAGUGUGGCUACGCUGGAUUAAGUGGACGGCAUACGUCUUCUACUCAUUUGGGGCCCUGUGUACGAACGAAUUCCGCGGCCAUUUUUAUGACUGCCCUAGUCCAGGCGGACCCUCCAACCCGGCGUGCAAAGAGUACACCGGUGCUUACAUUUUGGCUUCGUUGAAUUUGCCGUCAAAUUGGCUAUGGAGGCCGAUCAUCGUACUGGUUGGGUUCGUCUUGUUCUUUUUCAUCCUUUCCGGGAUCAUUCUCCAGGUCCUCACCACAGAAGUCGAAAUGGCAAAACAACAUGAUAGUGAGGUUACGUAUGAGGCUGAGAGUCAGCAAGCGAUUGUGAGAUCUGGAGACGGGGACAGAGGUAUCACCGUGACCCUGGACCAUUUCGGGCUGGAUCUAGAGACGCAACGCCUGUUCAGGGGCAAAUCAGUCAAACAUAUCUUCCGCCCCAUCAGCACCCAGUUCGAACCAGGAGUACUGAAUGUUAUCAUGGGUCCGUCAGGCUCUGGAAAGUCUUCGUGUCUGAAUGCAAUGGCACGUCGACUGUACAAUUCACCUAUGACAAAAUACUUGCCGUCUGGGAAGAUGCUUCUCAACGGGAUGACAGCCACUGAGGACGUUAUCACAUCAGUCUGCUCUUAUGUUCCACAAGACGACACUGGCCUCCUCUCGUCCCUGACGGUGCGUGAAACUCUUCAUUUUGCCGCACGUCUACGCCUGCCUCCGUUCAUGACGAAUGAGCAAAAGAUCCAACGAGCAGAGAGAGUCCUCCUACAACUCGGGCUGAAAGACUGUGCCGACACCCUUGUGGGAAGCGACAUGGUUAAAGGCAUUAGUGGCGGCGAGAAACGUCGCGUGACGAUAGGUAUUCAGGUACUGACUGAUCCACGAGUUUUGCUCCUGGACGAACCAACAUCGGGCCUUGACGCGUUCACUGCUUUCUCCAUCAUUGAGGUCCUCAAGGGUUUAGCAGACGAAGGCAGAACAAUCAUCUUCUCCAUCCAUCAGCCUCGCUCCGACAUGUUCAAACAAUUCGGUGGUGUGCUCUUGCUCGCCAAAGGGGGCGACGUAGUCUACACUGGCACCGUCGAGGACAUGCUACCACACUUUGCACGACAGGGACACACGUGUCCUGAAUCAGCCAACCCAGCCGACUUUGCACUCGACUUGGUGUCUGGUGGCCCUCUUGAAUCGUCGUCGUCGCCUACGCCGUCAUCGACCAAGGAGAGAGAAGUCGAACAGCCGCCAAUAACACUUGUGUCCACGACCACCUCAUUACCGGCACCAGCACCACAAGAUCCCCACCGCCCAUCAUCGGCAUCACACCUCUCCUUACCUGCGAGUCUGGGGAUGCACACGCGCCGCACGCUUCCCUUCCGCACGUCAUACCCCAUCCUCCUACACCGCGGCCUCAUCAAUCUCCGGCGCCAACCGAACCUCCUGACCGGGCGCGUCACGCAACUCGUGGGUCUGGGUAUCGUGCUCGCCGCCUUCUUCUCCCCGCUCAAGCACGACUACUUCUCCGUCCAGACGCGGGUCGGGUACAUCCAGGCCAUGAGCUCCAUGUUCUUCGUCGGCAUGCUCAACAGCAUCGCCAUGUACCCGUCCGAGCGGGACAUUUACACGCACGAGUCGCAGCGGGACAAGACGUACCCCCUGUCGGCCUUCUACCUCUACUACCUCACGCUCGAGGUGCCCAUGGAGGUCGUCGCCAGCCUGUUGUUCUCCGUGCUCACCGUCUUCGCCGCCCACCUCCCCUACACGGCGGGCCAGUUCCUCCUGACGGCCUACUGCGCCUUUUGCGUCGUGUCGUGCGGCGAGAGCUUCGGCAUCCUGUUCCUCACCAUGUUCCGCCACACGGGCCUCGCCGUCAGCGUCAUGUCCGUCGUCCUCUCCGUCUCCAUCCACCUGGCCGGCGUGCUGAGCAUCGACGUCGACGCCUUCCUCCGCGCCGUCAACCACGCCUCCCCCAUCAAGUGGCAGGUCGGCGCCCUCCUGAGCUACAGCCUCCGCGGCAUCCGCUUCACCUGCACCGCGGGCCAGCGCCUCCCCGACGGCCCCUGCCCCAUCGCCACCGGCGAGCAGGUCCUCGACCUGUACCGGCUCGACGUCGACACCGCCACCUACGCCAUCGCCCUGGGCGGCGUGACCGUCGCCUACAGGAUCCUGGGGUACCUGGGUCUGUUGGCCAAACGGACCGAUUGGAAACUGCUCUUUGCGAGCCUUUCGUCCCCAUCUCCCGAAAAGUGAAGGCGUCCCUCUCUUCCGCUUGGAGAGGAGAAGAGAAAGAGACAAAAAUACGACCACUGUCUGACUCGACUUGACUUGACCAUUACCCAAAGUAGUGGCGCCGACCCCCAAGUACUAUACAAUGUAUCUCUGUUGGCUCAUGCGCGCAUGUCGUGACCUGCCGCCUGCCACCCAUUAUCAUUGGGACCGUUCGGAUUGUUUGCAUGGACAUUUUAGCUGUGGCAACGACACAUAGAACACAAACACCUGGCGUCUGAGAAUGAGAAUGCAAUAUAUUGAUAUCAAUUCCAUAAAACUCCUCCAUGGAGAAAAAAAAAUCCAUAACCUCUAUAUACGAGUCAAUGCAGAACCAGACGUGACAGGUGUUUAAAUCGUACAACCAAGUACAUGUCGAACGCUCUAGGAGAAAGUGGAGUGUCUCAGAAAGGAGGUAUACAUCGAAUUGUGUUUGUGUGCACGUCGCUCAUGGACUUGUCACACUCACUUCCCCCUUUUCGACGUGUCCUCCUGAAUCUUCUUCUCCAACACGUCCAAGCCGGCCAUCUUUUUGAACAUGCCGUCAAAGGCGCCCACGGGGAGGAGACUGGACAGCCAGACCAAGGUGG